AUGCGUAUCGCAGAAAGCAUUCUGAAAGCGGCGAAGGCACCGUGGUCUCAAAAAGCGAAGAUCUCGAAGGCAUGGCAUCCACACCCCAAGAUCAUGAGAUCUUCUCUGGGUGAGGAAGCACAGCGCUUGGGUCAAGUUCUGAGAGAAUACUCAAAACGGUUGAAUCCGAUCCUCCGCGAACAAGCGCAAAUGACUGAUACGGCCACUGCAGAGGAACUAAGAAGCAUGGUUAACCUUGCGAAAAAAAAGCUUGAAAACACGGUUCCAACGGGAGAAGGCAUGAAGACGGCCAAGGACACCAUGACGGCUAUCAUUCUGGAGAAGAUGAACAAGAACGUCUUCGAAGACGUAGAGAAGUUCAGCACAUUCAUUGCCGCAAUGUCCGGUGACAUCGACGAGAUAGGCGCCGGCAUUAUUGAACAAGGAACCAAAAUGUGCGAUGGCACGGUCGUCGAGGAUGGACUCACAGACUUUGAUAAGAAGUAUCUCUGGAGCUGCGUCGAAGCGUUUAGAUUUACUAAUAUUCAGAAAAAAAUUAACGAGCAAGCAGGCUAGAUGUGUGGUUAA